AUGGAGCCGCACGUUUUAUCCAGAAUUCUACCUCAGGGAAAAGACACCAUUCAUCGAGCUUGUAAAAAAUGCGGCUACGCAGGUCACCUCACGUAUCAGUGCAGGAAUUUUAUCAAAAUCGAUCCCAACGAAGAAAUCGUUUUGGACGUCAGUAGCACCAGCAGCAGCAGUGAGGAAGACGAUUACACAACUCCUUUAACUGAUCUGCGGAAGAAGGAGUUGGAAGAGAAAUUGAAGAAGGUAGAAAAGAAAGCGAAGAAGAAGAAGAAAAAGAAGGAGAAGAAAAAGAAGAAGAAGGUUUCCAGUGAGGAUUCGGACAGCAGCUCUGAUGGAGAAAGUAGGAGGUCUAAAAAAUCGAAGAAGCGGAAGAAACGUAGGAAAGCUUCGUCAGAUUCCUCCGCGAGCGACUCUGAAUCAUCUGAUGGUGGAAAGAGGAAGCGGAAGCAUUCCAAAUCUCAGAAGAAGAAGAAGAGGAAGAGGCACCACCACUCUGAUAGCUCCGAUUCGUAGGACCGCACGGUUAGUGCUUCGACAACUUUUACACUCCUCUCGUUGUAAGGAAAAAUUCCAUGCGUUAUCCAGAAUUAUUGAGGAAAAAGUAUGAAGGUCAGUGAGUGAAUCAUUCAGUAUACAAGGUUGCCACAGGCAGCAGGGUGUCUACAAGUCUGGAAUUUCCGGAAAGUCCGGAUAUAGUA